UCCUUUGUUACCAUGGGUCGUAUUCACAGUCGCGGUAAAGGUAUUUCUGCCUCAGCUCUGCCUUAUAAGAGAACCCCACCAAGCUGGCUCAAGAUCUCUUCUCAAGUUGUUGAGGAAAACAUUUACAAGUUCGCAAAUAAGGGCUUGACCCCAUCUCAUAUUGGUGUCAUUCUUAGUGAUUCUUAUGGUAUUGCUCAGGUUAAGAGCGUUACUGGAAGCAAGAUCUUGCGCAUCCUUAAGGCCCAUGGUCUUGCCCCUGAAAUUCUUAAGGAUUUGUAUCACCUCAUCAAGAAGGUCGUUGCUUCCGAUUUACGGCAAAGCGCAUCGUUUUCCCCAAUUUUUCAUCAAGAAAAUCACACUUUCUGUUCAUUUCUUGAUUCGAUCUCUUAUUUUGCAAUGGAUGAUUCAUCGUCGUAUUCAAAUCUUCCAACCAGACAUUUACUCGGCUCAGUUCCAUCUAUUAUAAAUAAAGAAAAGAAGGCCUCAUUUGCAGUUCCUGAAGCGAAUAUUCAAUAUUUCCCUCCGAAUAAUGGCAGUGGAGGAAGUAGAGGUCAAGGUUAUCAAACUCUUGAAGCUCCAACUGGAAGCCUUGAACAACAGCCACCAAACAACUGGAAGGGAGUGUUUAAUAUCUCAUCAUACACACAAUAUUUUAACGUGGAUACAGAUGUUGUGAUAAACAUGCUGAUCAGUUCAUUUUAUCCUACUGGUGGAGAUUUUUUCAGUAAGAUUGACGCUAACCUUGAUCUGUAUGGGAAUAUCUGGAUCACAACUACAUUGGUCUUCGUGCUUUCUUCCUUUGUAAACUUUGCCACAUACCUUAUGAAAAAACAUGUCGAUGGCAUUACUUCUUGGAGCUUUGAUGUUGGCUAUAUAAAUGUAGCAGCUUCUGGAAUAUACGGUUAUGCAAUUAUGGUGCCACUGGCAUUUUACUUAUUACUUCAAUAUAUGGGUUCAAAUGCUAGCCUUAUACGUUUUUGGUGCUUUGGAUCACUACUGCUCGUGUUAUUCGUUCGUAUUGUGGUUUUGCUGCUACAAAUUCUUGAUGGUUUGAUUCUAAGGAAGGCAUCAUGGUUUUGGAAAAGCGCUCUAAAAUCUUUCUUCGAAUCUGAUGAGUUGGUGUUAUCCUCCAAAAUAAAAGUUGGUAAUGGUGACUCUAUCUCCUUUUGGGGUGACUUGUGGAUAUGUGAAAUCUCGUUAUCCGUAAAGUUUCCAAGAAUUUUCUCGUUGGCAAGAGUGAAGUCGGGGCCUAUUUCUAAAUUCGAUUCGAGAGGUCCCGAGGAAUGGUUGUGGUCCAUUCAGUUGCACCGCAAGCUAUUCGACUGGGAGCAAGCUCAAUGGUCAGAAUUCAUGGGGGUCCUUGCUAAUUUUAGAGGUUCUAACUUAGAUGAGGAAUGGGUGCUGUGGAAAGGCUCAAAUGAUGGUCGAUUUUUUGUUAAAUCUGUUAAGUCGCUCCUUGACAAUCUGAAUAGUCCUAUUAUUGGUUGGAAAUCCACUGUUUGGUUUGGUAUUGCUCCUCCUAAAGUUGAGUUGUUUUGUGGCUAG